AUGGCACCACCAAAGAGAUAUUGGGUUAAAUUAAAAGUCCCAAGUAGAAUACUAAGUACAUUACCAGAAUUCCCAACUCCAAUAUCAAAAUCCCGGUUAAAGAAAUUAGUAGCAGAAGAACGUCGAGCAGGUACACAAUCAUCACUAUCCCUGGAACGAUCAUCACCACAACCCAAUGAUAAUAACAAUAAUGGUAACAAUCCAUCUAAUUUAUCACAGCUAGGUUCUGGUCAAGCUAUAAGCAGUUUCAAAAUCAAUUCUGGUUUGAAGGAAUCAAGUACUUCUGGAUUAACUAUGAAUAGUAUAAGUAGUGGAUUAUAUGCAUUGGAUAAAUCAGGUAAACCGGCUAGAAAAUGGGUGAAAAAACCAACACAAUUUAAAACAUUUAGUGGGUUUAAAGUGAAGUAUAUUAGUUAUAGACAUAAAGAUGGAGAUGAAAGGAAAGCGCAUGAUAAAGAUAACGACAGUAAGAAGAAGAAGGACUUGGAUGUUAAUAAGGAUAAACCAAAUACUGUGAUUGCCACCGGUGCAGUGGCUUCGCCUGAUCCAGUGGCAGAUACUACUCCUGAAAGUAAUAUAGAAGUCGUGUAA